AUGGCGUCGCUGUCGAUCGCUUCACUGAUUUCUUUCUUCUCGGAAGAAAAGAAGUCUAUUAGAAAAGGAGAAAACCACUACAAAUCAGAUCAUGUGGAGUCACUUUUGUAUCAACAAGGUGUUUUACGCGGGGAAGUGCAUGCAAGCAUGAAAAAGAAGGUCUAUAAAGUCACGAUUUACUUGGAUGAGCAACACGAAAUUAAGUCGUCUGACUGUGAAUGCCCAAGAGGAGCAUUUAAGUGUAGCCAUGCAGCUGCACUCUUUAUACACGGCAUCCAUAAUCUAAGCAGAACUGACGUUGAGUGUCAGUGGAGGAAAACGAAAUCGAACACAUCGCUCUCAGCUCAAGCUGUGGCAGAAAUGUUCCCUCCACCUAAGAAGUACACUGCCUUGGGAAGAAAGCCAGUACAGGUUGACAGAGCACAGCUGUAUGAAGACCUUAAACAAUAUGGAAGGUUUACAGGCCUUUGCUGGCUGCUCAGCUCAGAGCCACCUGCUUUUAACGAACUAUCAAUUCCAACAAUAGAGGAUAUAAUAUUUUCAGAAGAGUUUCUCCAAACCAGAGGGCUUUAACAACUGGACUGUUUAGUUUGACGAUCCAGAAUACUUGAAGAAGAUAUAUUGAAAAUCAGUAGGGUCACUGUUGGCCAGCGUGACAAUCCUGCCUGGCAUUUGGCAAGGAGGGGCCGUCUUACUGCCAGCAACUUUGGUAAUGUUCUGAAAGCCAAACGAGUUACUCCCUCACUUCUGAAACGCCUUCUUGGAGAAUAUGACCUCUCAAGAGUGAAAGCAGUACAAUGGGGAGUUAACAAUGAAGAGGAAGCUAUCAAGGCCUUCACCUUGAAGACAGGGAAAACAGUUAAAGAAACUGGAAUCUGGUUUCAUUCCUCUGGUAUUCUUGGUGCUUCCCCUGAUGGGAUUGUUGACCAUGAAACUACUAAGGAAGAAGAGGAAAUGAUCAAGGGAGAGAUAUCAGGCCAUAACGUUUCUGUCAUAUAUGAUGGAACCACAUGA